AUGGUUGACGUCUCCAAGGACUACCUCAACUCCUUCAUCGGCCGCCCGGCCCUCGACCUGCCCACCCCGUCCCUGGUCCUGAGCAAGCCCGUCAUCGAAAAGAACUGCAAGAGACUACACGACGAUGUCAAGACCCUGGGCAUCGGCUUCAGGCCUCACGUCAAGACCUUGAAGUCCGAAGAAGUAACCCGCCUCAUGCUCGGCACCGUCUCCCGCAGCGCCGUCGCCUCCACCAUCCGCGAGAUCCGCGGCCUCCUCCCGCUCGCCGCCUCCGGCCACCUCGACGACGUCCUCUACGGCCUCCCCAUCCGGCCGUCCGCCCUCCCGGAGCUCGCCCAACUCGCCGCCUCGACCACGCCCCCGCUCAAAAUCCUCCUCAUGCUCGACCACCCGUCCCAGAUCCCCCACCUCGCCGCCUUCGCCGCCGCCCACCCCUCCACGCCCCCGUGGUCCUGCUUCAUCAAAAUCGACAUGGGCACCCGCCGCGCCGGCCUCCCCCUCGCCUCGCCCGCCCUCCCCGCCCUCAUCCGCGCCGCCGAGGCCGCCCCCCACGCCGUCCACAUCCACGGCUUCUACUGCCACGCCGGCCACUCCUACGCCGCCCGCGACCCCUCCGCCGCCCAAUCCGUCCUCCGCGACGAAGUCGGCGCCGCGCUCGCCGCCGCCAAGCUGCUGUCAUCUCCCAGCGGCGCAGACGACGACGACGCCCCCGCCGCUACGGCACCCGUCGUCGUCAGUUUCGGCUCGACGCCGACGGCCCACGUCGUCGCGGCGCUGAAGGACGAGGUGCGCGACGCGGGCUUCGUGGCCGGCGGGCGCCGCCCGCUCGCGCUGGAGCUGCACGCGGGGAAUUUUCCCGCCAACGACCUGCAGCAGCUGGGGACGGCGUGCGUCGCCGAGGCGGACCAGGCGGUGCGCGUGCUGGCCGAGGUGUGCUCGGUGUAUCCGGAAAGGGGCGAGGCGCUGGUGAAUGCGGGGGUGAUUGCGCUGGCGAGGGAGGCGGGGCCGUUGAGUGGGUUCGCGCAGGUGGUUGGGCGGAGGGAGUGGUGCGUGGGGCGGUUGAGUCAGGAGCAUGGGAUUUUGGUGAGGGAGGGCGGAGGGGAGAAGGGCGUGGAGGAGGUGUUUGAGGUGGGGGAGAAGGUGUGGUUGUGGAUUCAGCAUGCGUGUAUUACGGCGGCGGCGCAUUACUAUUAUUUUGUCGUGGAUGAGGAGGAUGUCGUGCGCGAGGUGUGGUAUCCGUGGAAGGGGUGGUGA